GAACACAGACUGUGGUCACUGACCGGAGACUCUUCUGCCUUUAUUCUCCUCAAAUCACACCGCAUGUCUGACCCACGGGUCCAACCUGCUGCCGGGAGAAAACUGCACUCACAUCCCCGAGAUCUGACAGAUGGAUGCGGAGCUGAGGAUGAAAAAAUCGCCUGAUAUGUUUGUUGGCAUUUUCGCUCAUCGCCUAUUUAUGGGAGGCAGCGGCAGCGGCGGCGGCUCGGCCCUUUCUUUAUUAUAAGGAAAGAGAUCUCCGCGGUUAUAGCUAUGUGAAAAGAGCAGCUCGCCGAAUAAUUCUCGUUUCGCGAUCCCGAGGAAUAAUUAUGAACAACGCGCAAGAUAUGUCGCCCGAUUUCGUGUUGAUGCGCCUGGUUUCCGCGGCCGAGGAUGACCGCUUGGACGCGGAAAACGGGAAUCUGCCGCCGGGAGGAGUGGUGGCGGGGAUGGGGAAGGAGGUCCUGGCUCACAGCGGCGUCAAAGCGGGGUUGGAUAUCAGCCGAGAUCCGACGGUGGGCCUUGAGCAUCCCAACAAAGGCCAUCAGCCGCACGGAGAGACUGCACCUGACACCGGGGGGACGGAGAGCCGAGCCCCGGUGCCUGCUCCGCCGCAGAGCCCCAUGGAGGCCCAGGGCUUUGACUUCGCCCCCAGCCCCGGUUUAAGGCCUCAGCUGCUCGUCUUCUCCAAUAUUAUGCGGAACGGAGAGGGGAUUUUAGAAUUAGACCGUCGGAAUCAGCAGAGGGAUGCUCUGGGUUUGGAUCAGAGCGCGGGCCCGACGGUCAAUAACAACAGCCUGAGCCCCGGAGACGCGCAGCAGCAGGACCUGAUGGACCGGACAUGGGGAGCGCAUCCACCGGGCGAGAUGCAUCAGGGAGCUGCAGAGCUUUGCCGCCGGCACCGACUCAUCACUACCCCGCCCGAGUGGCCCUUGUUGUCGGAGAGAUCCAACCCUCUCACCGUGAUUGACUCUAAAUGGGGGUGCGCCUCCAGGGACAGAGAGGGAGCAGUGUUCGAGCUGGCGCGACGUUUCGGGGAGCUAGGGGUCGGUGCGGUGCCCAAGAUGCUGCUCAAAGCCGGGGAGCUCCCGCAGUGUUCGUGUCAGGGUGCACACAGGCCGGCUGGAGGGGGAGUGGAGCCCGGGGAUGACCCCACUGAAACCAGCGAUGCUCUGCUAGUGCUGGAGGGGCUGGGGAGCGGGGAUGUCGGCCUUGACAUGGACGAGUGCACGGAGGGGGAUCCAGACGACGAGAACGGACGCAGAGAGUUUCUACUCAACAGGAAGAGGGAAAUAGUUCAGAAAAUGUCGGGGUCUUUCUCCAUCAGCAGCUUCCAGGCGGAGCUGAGGCGGCAGGUGGCGGGGACCGAGGCGGCGGCGGCAGUGUGCAGCCUCCACGGGGGCUUAGCCAGCAGGCUCUCGCAGGUAAGCUCCGGGAAUUCAGAGGUUGCAGCCCAGGUUUCAGCCACUACACCGUUAUCCACACCCACACCGGUCCAGAACUCACCUUGGGCCACAAGUCCGAACCUGAGCCAGGUUUCCACACCCAGGAGGCGGCCGGAGCGGUGCGCCAGUGCGCCCAGGACUCCCACAUCAGGAUGGGGUUCCGGUGGGGACAAGACGCUCAAAGUGCCAGGGAAGUCCAAAAAGGGCUCGUUAAAGAUCCGCCUGAGUAAACUGUUCCGGACUAAAAGCUGCAGCGGCUCCAAUCACCUGCUGGACAAAAGGCCCUCAGUGACCUACUCAGUAUCCUCUGCUGGGAGUCUGGUGGACAUGGCGAGCAGCCCUGGAGCUGAGCCGGACAGCCACAGCCAGCCCAGACUGACCAGGGCCCACAGUGCCUUCUCCCCCGCCUCCCUCUCUGCCUCCCUCUCUGCUUUCACUGGUGAGACAGUCUCCCUGGUAGAUGUGGAUAUUUCGCGGCGAGGGGCGAACACGCCUCACCCUCCCACGCCUCCCCCUCCUCCACGGCGAAGUCUCAGUUUGUUAGAUGAUAUAGCCGGGCCUCAGCCUGGUCCUUUCCUAGUGAGUGUAAUGGGCGCCUCCCUGCAGUCCCUUCCCCUGCCUCUCCCUCCUCCUCCUCCUCCCUCCCACGCCACCAUCCAGCACAGUCUCAGCCUCAAUGACGCCUUUCUCCGGGCCCUCCCUCACUCGACCCCCUCCCCGGUGGACGCCCCCACCUCCAGACAGGCUCCGCCCCCCAUGCUGUGCGCACUGAGGCGCUCCGAGGCCAGCAACUUCACCGCCAGCCUCAGAGAGCUGGAGAAGUGCGGCUGGUACUGGGGUCCGAUGAACUGGGAGGACGCAGAGAUGAAGCUGAAGGGGAAACCGGACGGAUCCUUCCUGGUCCGGGACAGCUCGGACCCCCGGUACAUCCUGAGCCUCAGCUUCAGGUCGCAGGGAGUCACGCACCACACACGCAUGGAGCACUACAGAGGGACGUUCAGCCUGUGGUGUCACCCGAAGUUUGAGGACCGCUGCCACUCGGUGGUGGAGUUUAUCGAGCGAGCCAUCAUGCACUCCAAGAACGGCAAAUUCCUCUACUUCCUGCGCUCCAGAGUCCCAGGGCUUCCUCCCACCCCGGUCCAGUUGCUUUAUCCUGUUUCCCGCUUCAGCAACGUGAAGUCUCUUCAACAUCUCUGUCGCUUCUGCAUUCGACAAAUGGUCCGCAUCGACCACAUCCAGGAGCUUCCACUGCCCAGACCGCUAAUAUCGUACCUGAGUAAGUUUUAUUACUACGACCCCGAGGAGGAGACGUACCUGUCCAUCAAGAGCAUCCGGAGGGUGGUGGGAGGCGAGCAGGAGGCCGAGUCGCAGACGUAGCAGCAGAGAUCCUCGCAGCUCAAGUUUGUGAAUGGAGGACUGAUCUGUACUGGUCUGCCAGUCUUCCAGCAUCAGCCAAUCACAGUCCCUGGAUGUCUCCGUGUCUCCGGUCGGACUCGGAUGGACCCGCCUCUCUCUGGACUCGGACUAACAUAAAAAGACGGACGAGUGUUUGCAGCGGGAUAAACUGUCAGUGAGACGUUCAGGUGCAGAGGACUCAGCCUCGUCUUCAGAGGGACUGCAGAGAGGUUCUCACCUGAUGUGGAAACAUGUGGAAACUAAAAGGAGGAAAAGAGGAUUACGAUGAACUGGAUUUUUCUGAUGCUACUGAUCUUGGACUUUUAAAAAAACACACAAUGCACUGGUCGAUUUGUACAACUGUUGUUUGCUGCCGUUUCCUUGUUUUUCCUUCCAUGCUGUCAAAAAGAGAGUUUUGGGAUUAAGAGGUAUACACGCAACGAGGCAGGGCAUUCACAAACACUCAAGGGGUUAAAUACGGACAGGCCACCAUGUUGGAGGGCCUGUAAUCUCAUUAAGGUUACCCUGUUUUCAUUUGGAAAGAAAAAGGGAAACUUCAGUCCUCAAAAUAACCGUUUGUAAAUCAAUUUCUCACCCCGGGACCUUAAGCUCUCACAUGCCUCCACGGUGGAUUAAGAGUCAUAAAACGGAGAAAAGUCGUUAUGGUUUGAAGUAAAUAUGAAAUCUAUAAAUGAUGCUAUGAACAAACCCCUCUGUAAGAACCUUUAGGAUAUAAACAGGAAUACAUUUGAAAAGUUUGGUGUAUCUAAGUGAUGGUUAAGUGGAGAUCAUGGCUCAGAGUAAAACAUAUUUAGAGAAAUAUCCUUUAAAAUAAUGCAGAAGAACAGAGUAAAAGAGCUUAUAUCACCAUGACACUUCUCCACUUUAUCACUUGCAUUAUGACAAUGAUUCACUGUAUUACAAGCUUUAUUUAAGGGUGCUGCAUUGAACCACAGAAGAACUAUAUUAAAACAUCCUUUUACAGAACAUUCACAGGUGCCGUAUAAUCCAAGAAUUCACACAAAAAUUAUGAAAAAUAAAUCUGCGUUUAGACAAUUUGUUUGCAAAGGAGGCACGUGAGAAACAAAUUGUAUUUGAAAGAAUCCAAGGGUGAACCGGGGUCAGUAAUUGUUAUAGAAAUGGGGAUUUUUUUGGGGCGAAAAAGUCCUUUAAAAUGUUAGCAACAGUGCUAAUGGAAUGCUAAUAGAAAACAGACCUAUAUAUAUGACAGAAAGUACGUUUUAAAUUUCAUUUAAGACUCAAUUCUAUUAUAACAAGAAAACAUGGACAGGUUCUUCUCAGAGUGAGUUUACAUCAUCACCAUCUCAACCUUUGAAUGUUUUUUGUUGUGUUCUUGAGCCUGAAUUUGGGUUUAUUUUCACUAAAGCAAUGUGUUUUGACAUUGGAGUUUCUGUUAUAUAAUUUGCUUUGUUUUGCCUUAAUUUAAGAGCAGUGGGAAGGGUAUCCAUCCCACUGAGGUCACUUUAAAGUAAAUGGAAAUCAUAGUCGUGCUUGUAACAGAUCAUGUAUUUGUUAUAUAAAAUGAGAAAACAGGCAGAUUUAAUCCACUAACAACAGCUGGUACAACUGAGUCAACCUCAUCCAUUCUUGUCAUCAUUAUUCUGGUGCUUUUUUUUGUUGCUCAGUUGCCAUGUAGAAAUAUGACUUCCCUCUCUCAUAAAAAGCUCUGAUAUCUAGCAGCCCUCAAUGAGCACAGCGGCAAUAUUUUUAAAUCCCCAAAACCAAAAUCCCGGCCUCCUGCAGCUCUUGUUUUACAGGCCGUCUUUAACUAAACCCCUGAUCAGGUCACAGAUAUCUCACCUAUUGUUAUUCAUGAAGACGUAGCGCUGCUUCCUCUUGUUCUGAUAUCCCUCCUCUAACAUGAUCGAUUUUUUUUAUUUAGUCACCACAACAUCUAAUCUCAUUCACAUUAAGAAAAUAAGACCUUGUUUCUUUGUGUUCCUCAAAAAAAGGUAUUUGGAUGUUUCAUGCACUGCAGAAGAUAUUUAGGAAUGUAAAGUGAUUUCCUACAUUUCCCAGAAUGCCUCUUGGCAACCUUAAGAGGAGGGUUGUUGUAUAAAUCCCAACAAACUUGUCACCCAAUUAUAACUAUUAAGCUGCCUCUGAUACUAGCACAACAUGUCAUUGAGUUGCAAUGCAUUCUGGUAUAUUGAGUCAUAUGUUGGUAGAUUAUUUGGUAAUAUUGAUCAUGACUUUAACAUAGUUGCUGGAAAAACACACCAAAGAUCAGAAUAUCUUCAGAAAUGCAAUGAACAAAACAAACUUUCAUCACAGUUUUAUUCCAAAUAACCUCAUAUAUUUGAAGGCAGAACAAAUGCAAAAAGAUGUCACUUUUAUUGUUAAGAUUUGAUCAAUUAUUUAUUUUUUAUUUAUUAAUAAUGCACUUAAGUUGAUGGGUAAAAAAAACAGAACAAAGACCUUACUUUUUGUUAUUCAGAGGUAAGAGAAUUCUGCAAAUAAAACAAUACUUACGGUACCGCGAGCUCAAAAGCCCACAUUUUUUUCCCAGAAUGCCCUGCCUCAGAGUGUGUAUACCUGCCGUGACUCAUCUCUACCUGUCGGUUUUAUUUGUUGAAAUGCCCAGGUGUAUUUUGCUCAUUCUAUUUCUCAGUACCCUGACGCUGGCUACUGGCUCAGCGCUUUC